CUUUAAGGCAGUGAGCAGUGAGCUGGGCUGUGGAGGCAGGGGAGAGAGAGGGUUAUUCUCUAAUGCUCUGAGGCAGAGAGGGUUAGCAGCACACGAACCAAUGCGAUUAAAGCGCCACGCAGGAGGAAGAUGCGCCUGCUUGCAGCCUGCUGGACGGCGAGAGGUGCUCAAGAAGAUGGUCUGACUCUGGGAUCUCACCUUUGUUCCUGCCGCUUCAGCUUCUCCGGACUUUCUUUCCAUUCCCAUUUCUGAUAAAACACCUAUGAUUUAUUCUCCCCUGUUUAGUUCCUUUUCUUCCCUUUUUUUCUUAAACAAAAUACUUGCUUUCCCUUGGUUUUAAAUGACACACUUGAACGGCGCCGUUGCUUUUUGCUUUGAAAGUUUUCUUUCUCCUCCGCAUCACCACCUGCUCUCCUGAAUCGGCACCUGCAUCCAGCAUCCCCUCUGAAGCACGGCAGCAUCCGGAGCUUUUCAAGACAAUCACACCAGAACAUCCGCACAUCCUUCAUGCGCAACGGCAGGGCGCAAAAGCGCACACGCGAGACGCACGGUGGAGAUCCUCUCAAGUCAUUGGCACAGGAAAUCCGGACUGGCUUUUGUUUUAACCUGACCGUUGGCAUUCUGAGUGGGGGAUCGGGAAAAAAGCAGUGGACAAAGUGUGCGAAGUGAAAAGAGGAAAAUCUAGCUUGGGGAUUGAACGCAGCGGGGCAUGUGGAUAUUGGCAUUUCUCUUUCUCCAGAGCAUCCUGAAUGUUUUCGGUGAAGAUCUACGUUCCAGCUUAUAUUUUGUCAAUGCAUCUCUGCAAGAGGUAGUGUUCUCCAGCACCACAGGGGCACUGGUGCCGUGUCCUGCCGCGGCUGUGCCCCCUGCCACGCUGCGCUGGUACCUCGCCACCGGGGAGGAGAUCUACGAUGUACCAGGCAUCCGCCAUGUGCAUCCCAAUGGCACGCUACAGAUCUACGGCUUCCUGCCAUCCAGCUUUAGUAACCUAAUCAAUGAUAAUACGUACUACUGCACAGCGGAAAACCCAUCAGGAAAGAUCAGGAGCCAAGAUCUACACAUUAAGGCCGUAUUCCGGGAGCCGUACACAGUGCGGGUGGCCGAUCAGAGAGUCAUGCGAGGGAAUACGGCAGUCUUCAAGUGCAUUAUCCCGGCCUCGGUAGAGGAGUACGUCAGUGUUGUAUCAUGGGAGAAAGACACAGUCUCACUUGUCUCAGGAUCAAGAUAUCUUAUUACAUCCACGGGGGCCUUGUAUAUUCUGGAUGUGCAGUCGGAGGAUGCGGUGAAUAUUUAUCGCUGUACCACGCGGCACCGAUACACAGGGGAGACCAGACAGAGUAACAGUGCCCGACUGCUUUUAUCAGAACCUGUGGAUUCUGCUCCGGUGAUUCUGGAUGGGUUUGAACGGAAGGAGGUUAUGGUGGGUCAUCGGGUGGAGCUCCCAUGUAAAGCAUCUGGUCACCCUCCGCCCAGGUAUCGCUGGCUGAGAGACAACAGUCCAUUGGAAUCAGAUAGCCGGUACCAUCAGAGUGUAUCAGGCCUCCUCAUCGAGGCCACACGACCCAGCGAUGCAGGCAGUUAUGUGUGUGAGGUGUGGAACAGCUUCGGAAAUGCCAAAGUGGUCGGACGGCUGGUUGUCAAACAGCCUCUGAAAGCAGUGGUGAGCCCACGGAAGGUGAGGGGCAGCGUGGGUAGCCAAGUGUCUCUGUUCUGUAGUGUGACUGGCUCAGACGAGUUUGACAUCACCUGGUACAGGAAUGCGGAGAAGAUCUAUCAGGGUAUAAAUGUACGAAUCACGGGCAUUAACAACGAGAACCUGGUGAUGGAGGGAAUGGCCAAGAGCGAUGGAGGAGCGUAUCAGUGCUUUGCUCGAAAUGGAAAGAUGUCCACCCAAGACUUAGUUCAGGUCGUCUUGGAAGAUGGGACACCAAAGAUCCUCUCUGCCUUCAGCGAGAAGGUUGUGAGCCCGAAUGAGCCCAUCUCGCUGGUGUGUCACGUGAAAGGAACCCCCCUCCCCACCGUCACCUGGACCCUGGACGACGACCCCGUCAUCAAAGACAGCAACCACCGCAUGGACCGCAUCAUCACCACAGAAGGCCACGUGCUCAGCUACCUGAAUGUUUCUCACACGCAGGUCAGCGAUGGGGGGGUCUACCGCUGCACCUGCAACAACUCGGCCGGAUCGGUCUCCUAUCAGGCUCGAAUAAACGUAAGAGGUCCUGCCAGUAUUCGACCAAUGAAAAAUGUCACUGCCAUCGCUGGGAGGGACACGUACAUACACUGUCGCAUCAUUGGUUACCCGUACUACUCUAUUAAGUGGUAUAAGGAUUCCAAUCUGCUCCCAUUCAACCAUCGCCAACGUGCCUUCGAGAACAACGGCACACUCAAGCUGUCCAAUGUGCAAAACUCAGACGAGGGAGAGUAUACAUGCUACGUGUUGGUGGAUCCAGAGAAACAAAUUCACAGGAGUGUCCAUGUGACAGUAAAAGUGCCCCCUCUUAUCCAACACUCCGACUCUCAGAGUGCUUCCAUUGGUCAGCGUGUCUUCAUCCCAUGUGUGGUCAUAUCCGGCGACCUGCCCAUGUCUAUAACCUGGCACAAAGAUGGACGACCAAUCAACGCCAGCCUGGGUGUCACCAUCGACAACAUAGACUUCACCAGCUCACUGCGCAUUUCAAACUUGUCGGAAAUUCAUAAUGGCAGUUACACCUGCAUCGCCCGGAAUGAAGCUGCAGCCGUCGAACAUAGCAUACAGCUCAUCGUUAAAGUUCCACCACAUUUUGAGGUUCAGCCAAAAGACCAGGACGGCAUAUAUGGGAAAUCAGUUACCUUGAAUUGUUCGGCAAAGGGAAAUCCAAUCCCCACUAUAGUGUGGAACCACUCAAAAGGUGCUGGCGUUCCUCAGUUCCAGCCCAUUGCCUUGAAUUCUGGCUCCCGCGUCCAGCUCCUGGAGAACGGCUCUCUGCUCAUAAAACACGUCCUGGAGGAAGAUGCUGGAUUUUAUCUGUGCAAGGUCAGCAAUGACGUGGGAGCCGAUAUCAGCAAGAGCAUGUACCUCACCGUUAAAAUUCCUGCCAUGAUCACAUCUUACCCCAACACCACACGGGCAGAACAGGGUCACAUGACUGAGAUGAGCUGCACUGCUCACGGUGAAAAGCCCAUCAAGGUUCGCUGGGAGAAGGAAUCUCAUAUCAUCAACCCAGACAUGAGCCGUUAUGUGGUUACUGUGAAGGAAGUGGGGGAUGAGGUCAUAUCCACCCUGCAGAUCUUACACACUGUCAGAGAGGAUUCUGGCUUUUUCUCUUGCAUCGCCAUUAACUCUUAUGGUGAAGAUAAAGGAAUCAUUCAGCUCAUAGUUCAAGAUCGUCCUGACCCUCCUGAGGUUGAGAUCAGAGAAGUAAAGGACCGGACCAUCGCACUUCGCUGGACCAUGGGCUUUGAUGGCAACAGCCCCAUUACAGGAUACGACAUCAACUAUAAAAACAAAUCAGCUUCCUGGGCCUCAUCACAAAUGACCAAAGACGUCUCCCCUCAGCUGAAUCAGGCCACCAUCAUUGAGCUUCACCCUGCUUCCACCUACAACAUCCGCAUGUUCGCCAAAAACCAGAUCGGAGAAAGCAGACCGAGCAACGAGCUGACCAUCACCACUGACGAAGCACCACCCGACGGAGCUCCUCAAGACGUGCAGCUGGAAGCGAUCUCAUCCCAGGGCAUCAAAGUCACAUGGAAGCCCCCCCACAAACACUUGCAAAAUGGCUUGAUCCGAAGCUACCAAGUGUGCUAUCGGGAGUUCGGGACAGGAGGCAGCCCACAAUACAACACCAUCAACGUCGACACCACGGGAGACAUUGAAACCCUCACUCUUGAUAACCUGAAGAAGUACACGCAGUAUGAGGUGCGGGUGCAAGCAGCCAAUCGAGCAGGAAUGGGGCCAACCUCAGAGGAAAUCACCAUCACCACGCUAGAGGAUGUUCCCAGUCGCCCACCUGAAAACGUUGUGACCACAGCUACGACCCCUGAGACCAUCUCUCUGUCAUGGUCUGCACUGCCCAAAGAAGCCCUCAACGGCAUGCUGCUCGGAUACCGUGUCAUCUUCUGGGCCAACCUACCUGAUGGAGAGCUGGGAGAGAUCAGGAACAUCACUACCACCAAGCCUUCGCUGGAGUUGGAGCGGCUGGAAAAAUACACCAACUACAGUAUCCAGGUGCUGGCCUUCACUCGAGCUGGAGAUGGAGUUCGUAGUGAGCAGAUCUACACACGUACCAAAGAGGAUGUUCCUGGCCCUCCGGCUGGAGUUAAGGCUGCUGCUUCCACAAGCUCGGUGGUGUUUGUUUCCUGGCUGCCACCACACAAGCUCAACGGGAUCAUCAGGAAAUACAUCGUCUUCUGUUCCAACCCUUACCCCACGGUGAUUAGUGAGUUUGAAGCCGCACCUGAUGUUUAUUUCCGUCGCUUGACCAACUUGAACCAGAAUUGGCAGUACAGCAUCUGGGUUGUGGCGGUGACUGCGGCAGGUCGUGGGAAUACCAGUGAAAUUAUCACCGUAGAGCCCCAAGCUAAAGCCCCUGCUCGAAUCCUGACAUUCAGUGGCACUGUGACCACUCCCUGGAUGAGGGACAUUGUCCUUCCAUGCAAAGCAGUCGGAGACCCCCCUCCAACAAUCAAAUGGCUGAAGGGAAAUAAUGGUACACCUGCUCCAGUUUCAAUCGAUGGUCGUCGCAGCGCUCACAACAAUGGCAGCUUUGUUAUUCGUACCGUCAAAGCAGAGGAUUCUGGGUAUUACAGAUGUGUUGCCAGCAACAACUGGGGUUCCGAUGAGAUCAUGCUAAAUCUUCAGGUCCAAGUACCACCGGACCAACCACGUCUUACCGUGACCAAAACCACGACCACCUCCAUCACGCUCUUCUGGAUCCCCGGAGACAAUGGCGGAAGCUCCAUCAGAGGCUACAUUUUACAGUACUCAGAGGAUAACAGUGAAGAAUGGGGCAGUUACUCCAUCAGCCCCAGUGAGCGCUCUUACCGUCUGGAGAAUCUGAAGUGCGGUACUUGGUACAAGUUUACUCUGACUGCACAGAAUGCAGUAGGUCCCGGACGCAUCAGUGAAAUCAUUGAGGCCAAAACCCAUGGAAAAGAACCACAGUUCGCCAAAGACCACGAGCUUUUCUCAAGUAUCAACUCUACCCGCGUGGAGCUCAACCUCAUUGGUUGGAACAACGGUGGCUGUCCAAUUGACUCCUUCACACUAGAAUAUCGGCCGGUAGACACUACCAAGUGGACUAUGGUAAAGCGGGAUUCCCUCACCAAGAGCCACAUUCUGUACGACCUACAGGAGGCCACCUGGUAUGAGCUCCAGAUGAGAGUCGGCAACAGUGCAGGAACAGCGGAGAAGAGGGUGCUGUUCGCUACUCUGAAUAUGGAUGGCAGCACAAUUGCUCCAUUGCCAAAGAGCGUGGACCCCAGCCAGGAGAACAGGCAGGGAAAUGAAGGACUUAAGAUGAUGGUCACGAUCAUCUGCAUUCUGGUGGCAAUCUGCAUGGUCUUCAUCGUUCUUCUAGUAUUGAGGAGGAGGAGAAGAGAGCAGAGACUCAAGAGAUUACGAGAUGCUAAGAGCCUAGCGGAGAUGCUAAUGAGUAAAAAUGCACGUACACCUGACACCGUGAACAAGCAGCAGCAGACUCUGCGGAUGCACAUCGAUAUCCCACGUGCUCAGCUACUCAUCGAGGAGAGGGACACUAUGGAGACAAUCGAUGACCGCUCCACAGUGCUGUUGACGGACAAUGACUUUGGAGAAACAUCUAAACAGAAGUCCUCAACCGUCACCCAUACAGUGCAUUACCAGUCUCUAUCUCAGGCCACUGGACCACUAGUAGACGUGUCUGAUGCUAGACCUGGUACAAACCCCACUGCCCGCCGCACAGCUAAAGCAGGUCCUGCCACACGCAGUCGUUAUGCCAGCCAGUGGACCCUGAACCGGCCACAUCCUCCCGUCUCCUCACACACACUCACUACGGACUGGAGGUUGCCCACUCCGCGCGCCACAGGCUCGGUGGACAAAGAGAGCGACAGCUACAGUGUCAGUCCCUCUCAGGACACAGACCGCGCUCGCAGCAGUAUGGUGUCUACAGAAAGCGCCUCCUCCACUUAUGAGGAGCUAGCCCGUGCCUACGAACACGCCAAAAUGGAGGAACAGCUGCGACAUGCUAAGUUCACGAUCACAGAAUGCUUCAUAUCGGAUACAUCCUCUGAACAGAUGACGGCCGGCACGAAUGACUACACAGACAGCCUGACAUCCAGCACGCCGUCAGAGUCGGGCAUCUGCAGAUUCACAGCCUCCCCACCCAAACCACAGGACGCCAGCCGGGUCAUGAAUAUGGCCGUGCCUAAAGCACACAGACCCGCAGGUGAACUGGUCCAUCUCCCCCCUUACCUACGCAUGGACUUCCUUUUGAACCGGGGAGCGGCCUCUUCAGGUCGGGAGGCCACAGGACAGACUUGUAUGGACCCACAGAAGAGCCGGAUUACAAAGCGGCCGGCGUUGCUUGCCCCCACCCCCUCCGAGACCCCCUCUUCAGCCCUCUCUUCCUCCGGGCCCCCCAGCAGAGAGGCGGUACAGCAGUGGCAGCCGGGAACUGCCUCUACACUGCCACAGCGCGAGCCGGGCGACCUGGCCCAGGCCGCCAAACUCAGCAGCUCCCAGGAAUCGCUGCUAGACUCCAGAGGACACCUGAAACAAAGCAACAACCCCUACGCAAAGUCCUACACACUUGUAUAACACAGGACUACAGCUACGGACCACGUUGCACUGUCACGCACACACAGAAACAAACAAACAAACAAACAAAAAACGUGAGGACCUGCUGCAAAGACGAGAGCUUUUCUGAUUCAGAGAUGAGUCCUGUACAUACAUUCUGAAUUCCUAAAGAAGUGGAUAGUUUUCUUUGCAUCUGUCUUUCUAUCUAUCUCACUCUCCCUCUCUCUGUUUCUCUCUGUUGUUUUUUUUUUUUUACUCUUUCUUCCUUUCUUUCGCUCACCUCUCUUCCCUCUUCUCUAAGUUGGAAUCUUUUUAUUUUAUUUGACGUACGUUAUUUUAAAUACCACCGUUAUGAAGAUUGCCAAAAUUAUUUAUUUAAAUUGACAGAGGAACUACUUUUGAAUUUAUAUCAAGGAUAAUUCUAUAGUCAUUAUUAUUAUUAUAUAAAAAUAGAGAAAAAAAAAAUUAUCAAAAAAUGCUUUUAAAAGGGCGGGGCGAGGUCAGCUCUGCAGGAAGAUGUUGCUUUCUUUAUCCGUGACUCGAUUGUUUUGAAGAAUCCAUGAGGUGCGAUCAAAGAUUUCCAAGAGGAACGAGUCCAACGUGGGAGACACACGUCCACAGUUUCCAGUCGUCUCAGAAUGUCGUGCUUUCUAAGGACUGCAUGGGGACCUGCAAAUAAAAAAAGAUUUUUUUUUUUGUCACACUAAGGGAUUUUAUAGUGUUAUAAUAUGUAUUAUGGCAUUAUAUGUCAUAAUAUAUGUUACAACAUACAUAUAAAUAUAUAAAUAUAUAUAUAUAAAUAUAUGAAUACACAUGAAGAGAUCACUUUUAUUUGUGGAUAAUACAGGGAAGAAAAAAAAGAUUUGGUAAAUAAAGUCCUUAGUCAUGUUUGCACACAUCUGGUUUGAUUAGAAAAUUGAAACUGUUGGGUUCUCUUGUCUUUUUUUGUGACUGCGUAACGGUAGUUUCAUCUGAUGAUACUGCGGAGAGCACGUGUGACGCAAAGAGAGAAGCGCGGGAGGAAAACAAACGUCAACCUCGGCGGUUUUCUCCAGCGGCUCCUUGAAUGAACGAAUGAAUGGUAUCUGAUUCACCUGUUUGUAGAUGGUGUGGCCUGUUUUUGUGUAAGACACGCAACAAAGAGAAGAUAUUUUAAUUGAGCAAUAUGACACUGGAUUUACUAAUAAUUUCGUAAUUCUUGGACAUCUUGAAGUACUAACAGAUAUGAAUGUAUUCAGUAAUGCAUAAUGAAAAAUAAACCCGAAGAUGAUUGACAAUAAAGAGACAAACUAAUGA